AUGGGAAAGCAUUUCGAGAAGGAGCACACGGACACUCAAAGCUAUGUUGACAAGAAGUUCGAAAACAUGGCAAAAUACAAGGAAUGGUUUUAUGGAAUCAACAAAAAUGCCGAAGAGACACUCUCAGUUCGAUCUUCGAGACAAGUUAAAGGCUUCAAACGUCUCUAUCUACGAUGCCAAACAGAUAGUCGCCGUCCUGUCCCUUUGCAAUCUUCCCGUUUGGAGGAAAAGCCAACUUAUGUUUUCUGUUAUUGUCCAGCUCAUCUAGUUGUAACAGAGUGUCGACAAUAUGUGCGCGUACAAGGCAUAAUCGAACAUAUUCACAAAGAGGGCUUAGAAUGUGAAGUCAUUGAGAGUGUAAAAGAGAAAAACGAGGAGAAUCAUAGAAAAUGUCUCAUUGAACUCGAAGGAAUGACUCUAGACGAAUUAGAAGAAGGUCAAUGGCAACUAGGAGAGGAAAUUAUUAAUUACAAUGGAAACUGCCAAUGUUCGAAUAAGGAUACUCAUUGUGCAACUUGUGAUUGCUGUUCCUCCAACUUCUCCUGUAGUUGUUCCAACAUGGAGAGAGUACCCUGCAUCCAUAUGCACUUCUUAUCAAUAAAAAUCCGAAAUGACAAAAACAAAAAACAAGAAGAGAGUUUGUUGAUGGUCACCCGUCACAAGCGAACUGAUAAUUCUCAAGAAAAUGUACCUUUGGUGAAGAAAGCCGAUGAGAACAACACGAGAAAGACGAGAAAAAGGAAACUCAAAACUCGACCUCUCGAUGUUGAAGCUCCCAAAGUGGCGAAAACGAUCGAUUUGAAGAAGGAACGGAAAAGUUUUCGUUUCCGGAUACUUGAUAAACCGAAAAAAAUCGUAGAACCCCCAGAAGUUGAAGACCAGAACCCCAAUACAGAAGACGUAGCUAGCACAACUCCCGUAGAACAUGAACCGGAGAAGGAAACCAUUCAGAAGCAUGUGUCAACUCAGGAAAAAACAGAAAAGGAGAUUGAAGACGUUGAAGCUUUGUUCGCAGAUCUCAUUCACGACACUACUACCGAGCCAGCUCCAUUAGCCUAUUUGAAUAGCGAAGACUGUGCCCUAUUUGGUGGCGAACCCGUUAGCUCCAUUACACCGUUUAUGGCCACGGAGUUACAACAACCACUCGACAUAUCAACAGAAGUCUUGACUAAUCUCUCUUCUCUCACAGAACAACCUCUGGUGGAAUCAAAACUCGAGAAGAGUUUUAGCGGAUUUUGA